UAGACAGGUGUUUUAUUGUUUGCAAAAUUGUGCUGUUCUUGAAGGUGCUUGUGAAAAAAGGAGUGCUACCUUGUUUAUGCAAAUGAAAAGUGUAGUGUUUUGUGCCUAACAGCAUCGUUAGCACUUUUAUCAUGUUGCAAUUAGAUCCUGAACCGGUGAAUAAGUAAUUCCCGAAACUAUUCCGGUGCUACAAUGGAGUUCAAAUACGCCAGCUGGAUACUGCUUAGUGUUGGUGUUUCCAUCAACAUUUUCGGCUUGUUUUGGUUUAUUGUCUUCGUUUUCGGUCUUAUCGGUUUUCUGGUUGGCUUUCUGACCAUCUUGUACCUCCAACAUGGCGAUUUGGACAGAUUUCUCGAUAGUGGUUUGCUUGAAAAUCCACUGGAUGAACCGAAAACGCUCGGGCUGAGUAUUGUUUGCGAACAGAAGCCAAGUAAUAUGUUAAUUAUUUCACCAAACAUAAAAGUUCAAACUGAAUCAUCCCGAAAGUCUAAAUUAAAUUCUGCAAAUUCGGAGCAGGGCAAACGACGUAACCUAUUCGAUGCCGGGAUCGAAUUGCUAUUCAAGAAACGAACCAACGAAAAUCAAGGCACCACCUCCAGGGUAUUCGGAAGUAGUGGUACCGGUGGUAGUGGUGGUGUUGGUGACGGUAGCAGUCUAACCAAAUCAUUCCAGUCCGACUUGAUCACUGAUCAUCUCAUGCACAAGGGUCACUUGCAUUUCCAUCAAAGAGAACAAACUAUUCUAGAUAAUACGAGGAAAGCACCGGCCAGUGCAAAGAACGCGGGUGAGCUGACAAAACAGGUGUCUCCAACGAGCGAAGAUAAGACGGGACCGAGUCGAUGGCGACCAUUCGAGGGAAUAAAAAUUCAUACCGAUAAAGGCAGACCAUCGCAGCAACAUGCGACGGCCAAUAAGGAUGGCGCCGGUGAUAGGCAGCAUCGGAGGAAAGAAGUUGGCCACAUCCAGAUGGGCGAAGAAGUGACCGUCAGUUCGACCGCCCCGUCGCCGCUAGCUUCGUUCAAAUCGUACAUUGCCCAUCCGGAAACGUUGCUGCACCGGGACUCACCGCCGGGUUCUCCGAAAAAGAAACGCAUCCUCAGUGGCAACAAAGCCGUCGAUAAGCUGAUACACACCAUCGUGGAUUACGUGAUACGGGAUUUCAUCGAUUCGUGGUAUAAAGUCGUCUCGGAUAGCCACGAGUUCAGCGAUACCAACAUACGAACCAGCAUCGAAACGCUAAUACUCAAAGUGUGUCAACGAGUCAAAACCGCCGAUCUGCUGCCACUGAUGACCACCAAGGUGAUCGAUGAUUUGGCUCGACAUACGCGUUUCUAUCGUCUCGCAACGCAGGACGUGAGCAACAGUUCGAAGCUGCCCAAUGCGAACGACCAGAAGCGACUGAAGAUUCACGAGAAGCUGUCACCACAGAAAAAAAGUCUCCGCGGAAAUGGUCAUCGGCGGAACAAAAGUGAAACUGACCUAACGUGGCAGCUGGGAAAUGCCGCCCUGCAGAAGAAUGUGGCGAACUCGAAGUUCUAUGCGGUACCCGCCGAUGAACAAUCGCUUGUGGAUCCCGACAUGAUGUUGCUGAAUUCGUUCUUCGGGUUCUGCGACGACUACAGAAAAGAGUGCUUGAACGAAGAUGCAAUGUUAGUGUAUUUCACCCGCAUUGCCGAAACAGUAUUGUAUUUCACCUUGCCGGAGGAGGAUUUCAACUGCCUAACGUUGCGAACGUUGCUUUGCACUAUCCUGGCCAACAGUAUCCUGAAGCCGAUGGUCGGAAUGUUGGCCGAUCCGGACUUUAUCAAUCUGCAAAUCGCGAAGCACUUCACGAAGGAACUGCCGAGUGGGGAGUUUUUGCUGAAAAUGAUUCGACAGUCGAACGAUCUGUCGGAACUGCGCGCCUGCCGGCAACUGAUCACCAAAGAAAUGGAUGCCAAACAUCGGGAUUCCAGCUUUACUGCCGAACUGGCCAGUUUAAAAUAUGCACAAAAGUUGAUCGACUUAAGAAUUAGUCACCUGCAGAACAACAAAAACGAUUUGGGUCGGAGCGAAAAGGAAAAAUCGGUUUCCAAUUUGCCGCUGCUGAGUCUGGAUGAUAUACUGCGGAAAGAAUUGGCGGUUUCGUACUAUUUGGAUUAUCUGAGUGUGCUAAAUUUGCAGAAAUAUGUGAUCUUCUAUCUGACAGCCCAAGAAUGGAAACUAACGACGAGUCAAAGUUUUUCAGAGAUGCAAGUAAAUAAAUCCAAGCUUAGUCGGGAAGAAAUUUUACGCAUCAUACGGGAUAAGGCGAACAAUCUGUAUCAAGAGUACCUGAUACCUAAAUCGCCAAACUAUCUGAACAUCGAUCCUGGCCUAAUCGAAACGCUCAGCAUACGCAUCCGGGACACUACGCUGCAACCGGAAAACACCUGGUUCGACUCGAUCUGCAAGUACGUGUACGAAAAGCAGAAGAACGAGGAAGUAUUUUUGAAUAAUUUCUACCAAAGUUCGGCCUACAAACUGCUGUUGCGAGAACUGGAUUUCAACCACGCGCAGGAUCAUGACAUGCAAUCGCUGGACCACCUGGGCGUGUCCGGUGUAACACUGGACAGUUUGAGCGAUACCAAUUCGGGUGAUUUGCGGUUCGAUGAAACCGAUGACGAUGAAGCGACGGCGACGGGUCCCACGAGCGGAUACUUUCACAGUGAUAUUAAGGAAGAACGUGACGUGAAAGCCAGCAUGGUGCCAGCUUCCAGUAAGAAAAACCCGAUUCCCGAUUCAAGCUUACUACCGGCGGUAGCAAAUGUAAAACAUGCCAGAUCACACAGUGACUGUACCGGAAUGUUUACCACAAUCAAUGAUAUCAAUAUCGAUCAACUGAAAGGAUCGGACUGCUCAAGUAACGACUCGGGCAAUGAACUAGCCAUGGCCACGGAAAACGUGGAUUCAACAAUGGAGUCUAAUUAUGUACAACCACCGGUGGAGAUCCACAUCGAUCCGCGAACGGAUGACUCGUUUAGCCUGAAACAGAAGCUAUCCGCUAAAAUUAUCAACACGGCGAUUCAUUGCGAAGGUCACUAUGCCGUUUAUGCUAUUCAGGUUUGUGUCAUCGAAGACAAUCAGCAGAAAAGCUGGCACAUCUAUAGGCGAUAUUCGAAAUUCUUGGAAUUGAAAAAGUUCCUGGUCAAGCGUUUUCCAUUUCUGUCCAAAGUCCCAUUCCCGGCCAAGAAGACCUUCCAGAAUACACAGCGAGCUGUGCUGGAACACCGAAUGGAUGUGCUGAAUGAGUUUCUCAAUGAAAUAUGUGCCAAAGCAGAGCAAAACGAUGAAAUGCGUUCGUUCGUGAGAAAUUUUCUGGAACCGGAUACCGACGAUCGCAAGAUGCAUGGCGGAGCCGUUGUGAAAACUAUCGAGAGCUUCAAAUCCGGUAUGAACAAAAUUCGCAGCAUGCCGGACUCGCUGGUCGGUGGCAUCUCGCGUAUGUUUCUGGGUAAAGGCCCACUUAAGGAACGUACCUUCUACGACAUUCAAGAUGUGCCAACACUGGAAUCGAAACAAUCCGAAUACCCGGCACUGACGUCGGCAUUGAAUCUGCUCGAUGAAGUGUUCGAUCUGCAGAACAAAUCUCAGUGGCUGCGAAGGGGCCUCAUCAAUCGACUGCUGGGAGCGCCCUGGGUUAGUCAUACGACCAACAAAAAAAUUGUACAACUUGCCAGUUCGUUGCUGGCAACGGAUAAAGUGGAAGCUAUUCUGUCGUCAAUUUUAAACAACGCCUGGCCCGAAGGUGACAGCUUUAAUCCGAACCCACCGCUUCGCGAAGACAGUACCAAACUGAGAACCAAACUGGCAGCAAAGAUAGCCCUUUUCGCGUUGCUCUCCGAUGACCUCAAGCACGUAGUCGGAUCAGUAACGUGCAACAGUGGACUGUUGAAUUUCUUUCAGAUGUUACAAAACAAAACGCUGAACACCCGUCUGUUGUUGAUUCUGUUGGACCGUUUGCUUCGGGUGAUCUUUCAAACGGACGACAUGAUCAAGCACGCGAUCCCCGCCAGUCGUGAUGACAGCAGUGGAGGAUCGAUACGCAUGGGGACUCCGUCGAAUUCGGCAGCAGGUUCCCGAAAAUCUUCUAGACAUUAUUACUGAACUCGAGGGGAAGCAGCCGCUGUAAAUAAUCAUUCGCUUGGUGCAGCAGUAGUCGGUAGGAAUUGUGAACAAAUCAUCAAAAAGGGACGAAACAUUCGAACAAACUAUGGCUUUCAAAGAUUUACUAGUAAAAGAAAUAGGAAAUUAUAACAAUCCGUAUUAUAUGUGAACGAAUGUGGAUGAUCUAUAAUUUUAUUUUAGUUGCUUUAUUUUGAAUUCCAUUUAUUUUCUUCAAAACAUUUGCAUUUUUGUGCAAUUGGCAACAACAGUUUUAAGUAGCAUCGUGAGUAUAAUUAUUAGAAUGAUUUGUGUUAUUGUUCCCAUUUUUAGGGACCUUUUUGUAAAAGUUAAACAUUCUGUUAGAAUUACCUAUUCUGUGAGUACAAGACUUGUCGAAAUAAAAUAAGCAUUCAAUCACGAAUUCUGAAA